CACUCAUCCAAAAACUCUAUGAAAAAUCAUGACUAUGAUGGAGUGUGAUGUAGAGGACAAUAACUUCAUUGAGUGGCUCAAACCCUCUUCCUCUCUUUCAUAUGAAACUUCAUCUUCUUCUUCUUCUUCUUCUUCUUCUUCUUCUUCUUCUUCUUCUUCUUCUUGUAUCACUAAGAAUGACCUAGUUCAUGAAACUAUUCAAUUUUUUCCUAUUUUGAGUGCAAAACCUUCAAAAGAGGAAGAACAUGAUCAAUUACCACAAAUGAAGGAUUUUGAGGUGAAAGAAGAAAAGGUAGAAACACAAGUGAAUGUAGCUUUGAACAUUGGAUUGCCUAACAUUAAAGAAAAUAUUGAUGAGAAGAAAGUUUUGCAUGCUAAGGAAGAAGAAAAGGCUACUAAACAAACUUUCCAUGGUUUCUCAUUAAACAAUAGAGAGAAAAGGUUUUGGAUACCAACUUCUUCACAAAUCCUUGUUGGGCCUAUGCAGUUUGCUUGCUCCAUAUGCAACAAAACCUUCAAUAGGUAUAAUAACAUGCAGAUGCAUAUGUGGGGGCAUGGAUCUGAAUUUAGGAAAGGACGAAACUCACUUAGAGGAACACAACCAGGUGCAAUGCUAAGGCUACCAUGUUAUUGUUGUGCUCAAGGUUGCAAAAACAACAUCAAUCAUCCAAGAGCUAAGCCUUUGAAAGACUUUAGAACCCUCCAAACUCACUACAAAAGAAAACAUGGGACUAAACCAUUUAUGUGUACAAAAUGUGGGAAAACAUUUGCCGUCAAAGGUGAUUGGAGAACUCAUGAAAAAAAUUGUGGCAAAUUGUGGUAUUGCACUUGUGGUUCCGAUUUUAAACACAAAAGAUCUCUUAAAGAUCAUGUUAGAUCUUUUGGACAGGGUCAUAAUCGUCUUCCUAAUUCUCUUGAUCAAGCUUUCGAGGAUGAUAAGGAAUGUGUUACUAGUUCUGAAGAAGAGGAAAUUGUUCAUACAUAAUUUAAGUAUUUAUGUAACAUUCGUAAAUCUUAAUUUUCUUUUUUAUUUAAAAUUUAUUAAAAGAAAAUUAAAAUAGCGACAAAAAUUUAAAGAUAAAAAAAAAAUAAUCUCUAAUUUUAUCUCUAAGCAAUAGAGAUGUUGAUUUUAGAGAUUAAUUUGAUUUUUUUAUUUUUAAAUUUUGUCGUUGUUUCAAUUUUUUUAAUAAUAUAGUAAUUAACUAUAGUUAAACUUAAUUACUAUUGACUACUCUUGUGUUGAAGUAAUAAGUACGGUUGGCAAAAGUGGUGAAGUAGAUGAAUUUUCUUGACAUAGAAAAAGAUGGUUGGUUGAAUGUCAUGUUCAAUUUUUGUAUCCUCUUCAAUGGAGAAAAUUUAUCCGCUUCAUUACCAAAAGGAUUUCCGUAUAUACAUGUAAGUCUUUUUAAGACCUUUGUGAACUUUCAUAUAAUUUUAUGGUAUGGAAACCAUUUGUCUUCCUAGAUUAA